AUGGUUGGCUCCGCUGGAAAGGCACAGCGUGGAACCAAGCGCAAGUCGUCUGGGCAGCCUCCUUCGCGCAAGAAAGUGAAGACCUCGCAUGCUUCCCUGAAUGAUCUGCCUUGGAAGUCUGUGGCAAAGCUACCCGCAGCAGGCGCGGAUUUUGAUGAGAGCAUAUUGGAUUUGGAGGAGGUGGAAAACGUAGAAGUUGUGUAUGAGGAGACGGCAGCCGGGCGAAUCGUAAAGUUCAAUGUACUUGAACCUUCAGGAUCUGCGAGUGCGCCCGUUGAGGUUGCAUCUGGUUCGGAAGACGAAGGAGGCGAGGAGGACGCAGCACUGUCGGAUGAAGGUUCAGAAGAUGGUGAAGACGUCGACCUCCCUCCGGACGUGGAUCUCCUACCGGAUGACGAGGAAACUGAGGCCGGCCCAUCUGAGCCACCCGUAACCCUUGCGCCUAGUGCACCCGCUAGUGACUUUGAUGCAACAUCGGUUCUGCCAGAAUGGGCUCCUUUCAACCUGCACCCCCAACUAGCGAAUGCCUUACACGGGCAGAAGUUCGUGACGCCCACACCCAUUCAAAAGGAGACGAUCCCACAUGCCAUAUCCGGUCGCGAUGUCAUCGGUGUUGCUGAAACAGGGUCCGGUAAAACUCUAGCGUAUGGGCUACCAAUUUUGCAUAAUUUGCUCGCGCGCGCGUCAGGAGAAGGCAUACCAGCACCCAAAACCCGACGCCCGACGCGAGCGCUCAUACUAGCGCCCACACGCGAACUGGCACUCCAGGUCUCGUCACAUCUCAACGCGUGUCUGAAUGAGUAUCCGUCGGUGAAGACCGAAGAGAACGAUACUCUCCCCGAAGAGAAAGGCAUAGGGAAGAAGGGCAAGGGCAGAGGGAAGCAGAAGGCUGCCAAAGACGAGAAGUCUGCACCCGCCUCUCCACGGGGGCCGCCGCCCGUGAGCGUUGCGGCCAUAGUGGGCGGCAUGUCCCCGCAGAAGCAGAAACGUAUCCUCGAGCGCGGAGUGGACGUCCUCGUCGCAACUCCUGGUCGCUUAUGGGAUAUCAUCGAGACGGAUGAACACCUCGGCGACGACAUCAAGUCUUUGCGAUUUCUCGUGUUGGACGAGGCAGACAGGAUGAUCGAAACGGGUCAUUUCGCCGAACUCGACAACAUUCUCGAACUUACGCAACGCGACUUCCAGAAGGACAAGACUGAUCCUGACUUUAAGAAGACGGUGGGCGAGGGAGCCGAACCCUCUGACAAAGAGGAGGAAGUACCCGAGUCGGGAGAAGAUGCCAUGCAGACCUUCGUCUUCUCCGCGACGCUCAGCAAGGACUUACAGCGCAAUCUCAAGAAGCGGCGUAAGUCUCGGGCGCCGAAGAAAGGAGAGAAGCCCGCGUCUACGCUAGAUGAUCUGUUACUUCGUCUCGACUUCCGCGACCCUGAGCCGCAGGUUGUCGACGUAGCGCCUGAAGGCGGUAGAGUCUCGACUCUGGUCGAAAGCAAGAUCGAGUGUGUAGCAGCUGAAAAGGAUGCUUAUCUAUACUACUUCCUUUUACGGUAUCCAGGGCGCACGAUCAUCUUCAUGUCUGCCAUCGACGGCAUCCGGCGUCUGUUACCCCUACUCGAACUCCUCGGAUUACCGGCCUUCCCUCUGCACUCACAGCUGGAGCAACGACAACGCCUGAAGAACCUUGAUCGGUUCAAGACGUUGCCGAAUGCCGUCUUGCUCGCGACCGAUAUCGCCGCGCGUGGUCUCGAUGUCCCCGAAGUCGACCACGUCGUGCAUUACCAGGUACCGCGUACAGCCGACGCAUACGUACAUCGCAAUGGUCGUACAGCGCGUGCGAAGCGGUCUGGUUUUGCGCUCUUGAUGUGUGCUGCGGAUGAGCGUCGCGUGCUGCGCGCGCUACUUGGCAGUUUGAAUCGCCAAGAGACUGAGAUCCCUGAUAUCGCGGUGGACCAUCAUCUAAUGGACAAACUCAAAGCGCGCUUGCAGCUAGCGAAGGAGAUCGACAAGCUUUCCCACAAAGACCGCAAAGCCAAACAUGAGCGCAACUGGCUACGCGAGACUGCUGAAGCGAUGGACAUCGAGCUCGACUCGGACUUCGCGUCGGAUGGCGAGGAUAAGAGCGGUGGAGGUGGUGGGGGCUUGACGAAGCGCGAGCGCAAGGCGCGCGACGCGAAGGCGGCUGGCUUGCGCGCGGAACUGAAGGAGUUGCUCGCGCAGCCUCUCGUUGCACGAGGCGUCAUGACGAGCUACAUCACAUCAGGAAGUACACCGAUUGUGGAUGACUUGCUUGCUGGGGAGGUGCACCGGGAUAUGAUAGGUGUGAAGAAGACGAAGGCGGGUACAGACCUUGUUGCGGCUAAGAAGCGCAAGAAGAAGGUGGACGUGCCGAAAGUUGAGGCCGAGGAGUGGCAUGGAUUUGGCUCGUAG